AUGGCCGGAGGCACUAAGAGAGACUACGAUGGUAACGCUCGCAAAAAGACGCCGCAGCAGCCGCGGGGCCGAUUCCACGCCAUGUUUGAGAAUAUCCGGGAUGAGCUGGACGAGCAUUACGAUCGCAGAGAGAGAGUCAUCAAGGCGUCCAGAGACGUGACGGCCCAGAGCAAGAAGAUCAUUUUCACAUUACAAAGGGUCAAAGAACUCAACAAGGACUUCCCGGAUGACAUACAGCAAGACGUCGACACGCGCCUCAAGGAAAUCGCAAAGCUCCUCUCGCCCAUCGUCGCAGACGUGCAGUCCAUCAAUCGCUACCGCUACGGCUACUCCCUCAGAUGCCUAGAGGAGCUCGUCGAGGCGCUCUCCUUUGCGCACUACCUGCGGCACCAGAAAGUCAUCACCCCAGAAGAGACUCAGGCGGCCACGCCGGCCGACAUCCUGCUCACGCCACACGACUACAUGUUUGGCCUGUUCGACCUCUUUGGCGAGCUCAUGCGGUUCGCAACGGUCACGACGGCGCAGUCGGGCAGGCUCGUCGGCGAUUAUGAGAGGAACAUCCUGAGCGACAUACAGGAGCUUGGGUGCUCGUUUGAGAUGCUGCCGCAGAUGCCGACCAAGGACUUUAAGGGCAAGAUGGAGGUCAUGCGGCAGAGCAUCAACAAGGUCGAGAAGCUGGGCUACGGGCUGGUUGUCAGGGGGAGCGAGCGGCCCAAGGGGUGGGUUCCUGAUAUGAAGGAUGAUGUUCCCCGACCUGCAUCGCCUGUGUGA